AUGGCGACCGCCGAGCCCGGCCCGCCCCCGCCCAAGCCGGCCUGCGCCGUCACGUUCGGCCGCUCCACCCUCCUCGGCCGCUACCUGGCCGCGGCGCUCGCUGCCUCCGGCCGCUGGUCCGCCGUCGCCAUUCUCGACCCCUCCUCCCCCACCUCGCCGUCCCCGCCGCCCUGCCCGCCUGCCUCCCACCUCGUCUACCACCACGACGUCGACCUCUCGGCGGACCCCGAGCGCCUCGUCUCCGCGCUCGCCGGCGCCGCGGCUGUCUUCCAUGUGGACGCCACCACAGCGACCGCCUCCGGGAGCGACGGGUCCUUCCUCUCCCUGCACCGCCUCGCCGUCGCGGGCACGAGGCGGCUCCUCGCGGCCUGCCGCGCCGCCGGCGUGGAGAGGGUGGUGUACACCGGCUCGGCCGACGUGGUCGCUGCCGUUGCCCGCGAUAUGAUCAAUGCUGACGAGGACUCCGCGCCCUACCCUGACAAGUUCGGGAAUGCGGUGAGCGAGCUGAGGGCGCAGGUGGAGGUGAUGGUACUGGGUGUGGACGGGGUGGACGGGAUGAGGACGUGCGUGCUGCGACCGAGCAAUCUCUUCGGUCCGGGGGAUUCCAGCUUGGUGAGGUUUGUUGCUGGAUAUGCAAGGUCUCCCUUGGGCAAGUUUGUAAUAGGCAGUGGCAGUAACAUGUCUGAUUUUACCUACGUGGAAAAUGUGGCCCAUGCCAAUAUUUGUGCUGAGCAAGCCUUGUCUUCGAAUGCAGCUUCUGUAGCUGGGAAGACAUUUUUUGUUACCAAUGAUGAACCUAUGGAAACAUGGGAGUUUAUGAAUUGCAUGAUGGAAGCCAUGUGUUGUCAGAGGCCCAGGAUUAAUCUUCCUGCCAAGAUGUUAACGUCUGCAGCCUUGCUUUCCAAAAUGAUUCAUCACAGGCUUGGUUUUCAAAUGCUUUCCACCCCUCUUCUCCAUCCAGAUACAAUAUACUUCUUGUCAUGCACUAGAACCUUUAACACUUCAAGAGCCAAAAGAUUACUUGGAUACCACCCGAUUGUAUCAUUGGAGGAUGGAAUUAUGAGAACUGUUGGUUCAUUUACAGAACUAUCAGGUAAUUUGGGGUUGUCAAGAAAACAAGGCCCCUGCGGAUCAUCAAAGGCAGAUAAGCUGCUAGGAAGUGGAACAGCUGCUGAUAUUCUUCUUUGGAGGGAUGAAAAGAGAACCUUUUCAUUUGUCACAGUAUUGUUUCUGGUUUUCUACUGGUUCCUGCUUUCAGACAGAACUUUUGUUUCAUCGGCUGCCAAAUUUCUUCUAGUGCUCUCCCUUGGUCUCUUUAUCCAUGGUUUGCUGCCUUCAGAAGUGUUUGGUUUUACAGUUGAGAAGGUUACAUCUGAGCAUUUUGAAGUAUCCCGCUUAGCAUUGAGGAAUUCGCUUAUGUGUCUGGCUUCUGCAUGGAAUGGGAGCAUUCAUAAACUAAGGGUUCUAGCAGAAGGUGAAGACUGGAGUUUACUUUUGAAGGUAUUUGCAUUUCUGUACAGCAUCAAACUAAUGCUGAGCUUUCAGUUCAGAAUUCUGAUGGGUCUUGUACUGGCAUCCUUGUUCAUUGUCUUCAUUGUAUAUGAACAAUGCGAGGAAGAAAUUGACAGUUUGGUGGCAAUUGCUUCUGUCAAAGUCGAGUGGCUAAUAGAAAGAGUAGUUGGAAAUUUGCCAGCCUCUUUGAAGGCGUAUAUAGCCUAG